AUCUGACGCACAUUACGUAGCCAGCUCAGCCAAAUUCUUAACUGGACAAAUACACCAGCAGGUCAAUUGCUCCUAGCGAGUUUUAAAAAUAGACUUUGCACAUCACCAUGGAAGUGAACGGAUGCAAUAUUCAAGUUCUUCUGCAAGCUGCUGAAUAUUUGGAGAGAAGAGAGCGAGAGGCGGAACACGGCUAUGCUUCGGUCUUGCCGUUCUACAGCAAAGGGGUGUCCGAUAAAAGAAGCAAGCAGAAGAACAAGAAAAACGGCGCUGGAAACAGCAGAUCAGUCCACAACGAAUUGGAAAAACACAGGAGAGCUCAACUGAGACACUGCCUAGAGCAGCUAAAACAGCAGGUUCCUAUCUCCUCAGACUCAGCCAGAAACACCACUCUUAACCUACUGAGAAGGGCACAGCUCCAUAUCAAGAAGCUGCAGGAGCAGGCGGAGCGGGCUGAGCUGCUGAAGGGCCGUCUGCGCUGGCAGCAGCAGGAGCUGCGCGGGCGUCUGGAGAAGCUGCAGGCCGGCGCGCCCAUGGCCACCGAAAGAAUCCGCAAUGACAGCCUCGGCUCGGCUGUCUCCUCUGAACGCUCCGACUCAGACAGAGAGGACGUGGAGAUCGAUGUGGAGAGCAUGGUCUGGACACUGGAGUCAGAUGGCUGCAUGCACACAGUGGUGGACCACUGUUACUCAACUCCUGACCGCGUAUGGCUAUGAUUGACAGGUGUGUGUGUGUGUGAGUGAGUGUGAUCAUCCCACUCUGGAGAGUGGAAACAUUCCAAAUCAGUUGAAAAAAAAGACCUGGAAAGAAGAAAAACAUCAUGUUCUUUAUUUUUCAAUAUUUUUUUUAUUUUUUAUUAUAAUCCCAGUCCAUCGGUGACACAGACCUCUGUGAUGUUCUAGUCUGAGAUGGAAUUCUACAUUUUUAGAGGGUUGAAAAGCAUGUUAAGGACUUUAAUUUUAGAGAAAAACAUCCUGAUCAAGAGAGUGCAUUAUCUAAGGGAGAGGAAGGAAGGAAAAAAAAACUGAUGCAAGUGUUGUGAACUUGUGGUGCUGUAGCUUUGGCCAAGCCUUUGCAAACUCACUUCAGAAACUGAAACCUAGCCCGUGCAUUGCAUUUUUUGAGGCUAACUGUCUUCUUUUUUUCUCUUGUCAUUCUGUAAACACACUCUCUGAUUUGACAUGUCAGCUCCUAAGCUUAAUUUCAGGAACCGUCUGCACAGAAAAGCUUGCACUUGUUUCCUGGAGUUGAACCUAUUUAUGGUUUUGUCCAUGUGUCUUGCUCUGAUUUUUUUUUUUUUUUUGAUGACAUUGUUGUACAAACAUCCACAAAGCACUUGGUUUUUGUUUUGUCCAUUUUAAGGGGUGUUUGGCAACAUAUUACAGAUUUUAAUACAAGAGAUCAUGUUUGCACAUUUUUGAUGGAAAUUAGUUGAAUAAUUUCAUGACAAGGACAAAAUCUCUUCCUCACUGUCAGAGACUCUUACGCAGAGCAAGGCUGUGACCUGACCGGCCCCUUAUCACCCUUCUUGACUUUUCUGAUUUUAUAGAAGAUACGUGUAACCUGUUAAAUACAUCUAGGAGAUUAACUUGGGCUGAUGAAGGGUGGCUACGUCAGCACACCAGUGACGAGUUACAGCUUUGACGCUGCCUUUCACAGAAGAGGAACUCUUUGAGUGCCUCACCUUCUGAGCUGUGUGGCAGGAUGGAAAUGUUCUGGCCCUUGCGAUGGGACAGGUUCAUCAUGACUUGUGCUGGGCUACCACCGAGGAAGAAAGACAAUGAGUGGUUUCUAACCCAUUGUGGGUGUGAUGGUGCAUGGGGCUCUCUGGUCUUUUGAGGCCCUUAGGAAACACAAAAAUGCAGUGAAAAGAAGUGUUACUGAUCCAAGCUAUUUCAUUUUUGUUUAAAAAAAAAAAAAGGUGCUUGACAUGGGUUUUUUGGUUCGGCCACAUAGGACAACUCUUAAGCUAUAAUAACAAAUCUUGAAGGUGUCACCUGGAGCGGCUAGUUUCUUUGUGGCAACUUUGAGUUAUGUGGUCAAGUCUUAGAACCCUUAAAGGUUAUAGAUCGCACUUUUUCUCUGGAGAGUAGGUUAGCUUUACGUAGAUGUAGUGCUUGCAUGCUCCUACAACAGCUGGUGACCACUACAGCUGGAUGUGCAGUCUGACUUAACAGCUUCUUCCCAAUGAACUGGUACCUCAACAAGGUGCAUCUCAACAACAAGCAAACAAACGUUCAUAUCAGUAGGAAAACGUAAGGACCUGGACAAACCAAUCUCCCUCUUGUCACUGUAAACUGACUUAUGCAACAUGUGUCAGUGGUGGUGUUCACCAGACUUAACAGGUAUUUGUGAAGGACCUUUGCCUUUUUGAUUGUGACCACCUGAAGCCUUAUUGCCUGUAUCUGUAUCACUGGAAGAAGACCAUCACCUUUGUAUCUCUGUCCUUUCCUACUCCCUGUUUUCCAAUGUAGCAUUUUUAUACUAGUGUAUACACUUUUGUAUAAAUAAAUAUUUUAUGUAUUUAA